CCAAGUGUAGAAGCGCAACUGGCGGAGAAACGCUCAUCCAGUGGGAACGAUGCGCAGCGCAACACCGGUAGCUUGAUGGCUGCCGGUUAGCUUGUAGCUCCGGUUAAAUAAACGGUUAACCGGACUAAAGAAGUCCCGGUAGGGGCGUUCAGAUUCGCGUUUCAUCUCCGGGGAGCGGCUUUUCCGGGUGUUGACCCGACAAGCAGCGCGCCAUGACGGUCCGCUUCAAGGCUCAGAGCGAGUACCAGAAGAGCUACGGUGCGGCCCGAUCCAGCAGCGCCUCACCUCAGCGCUACGUCCCGCUGGACCACCGGACGGGCAUCAGAAGGCAGCCGGGGCUCCAGCGCCUGAAGAGACCCGGCCCACUUGGUGCCGCCCGGUCCCUGCUGGGUUCUCCAGAAGAAGCUCCAGGUGCCAGAGGAGCGCCCUCUGCUGCUUCUAGAAGCUGCUCACCUCACCAGGAUCCUCCUCUGAUGGACUCGGAACCACGGAAGGUUCCCGGGUCAGCACCGGAACCCGAGUCCCCAGCAGAACCUGGAUCCUCGAGGCCAAUAAUUGACGGAAAAUCUGCGAAGCUCCGCCCCUCUGAGCCCGAGUCCAGCAGAACCGCCGCAGCGCCAGAACCGCGGCCAGACAGCCGGGUCGACCGAGCGCUGCGGUGGAAGGCCGGCAUGAGGCCUAGAGGUCAGAGGUCAGGGGGUCACAGGUCAGAGUACCACAGACAGUUUGGCUGGAAGAAGCCUGCAUCUGCAGCGUCGCCGUUACUGACCGCCGAGCGGGUGCUGCACUCCAGCAGCAGGUCGGUCCCCCCCUUUAAGAAGAACCCCGUCACCAUGGAGACGGAGUAUGGGCGGAGCUUCCAGGGUCUGAAGCCGGCGUCGGGGCCGCGCCUCCGGAGACACCUGGAGCGCGAGCGGGACCCGGUGUUCGACACGCACAGAAUCCACAGAAGGAAGAGUUUGGAGCUUCCUCCCAACCCGGAAGCCGCUCAGGGCGACAGCGGGGCCCGCUCACCUGCUGCUCAGGUGCAGAGGAGACGCAGGAUGUUGACCGAGUAUCAGUCCAGCUUUCGUUCUCCUCUCUGCAGGAACCCAGAAGGAGGCAGAGACACCGACGACAUUGCUGUGCAGGUGAAGGAGCUGAGGCAGCAGGCCCUGACGUACCGACUCAGAGCCUGGGGAACCAACUUCUCCCGGAACCAUCUGAGCCAGCUGCUGUCUGAAUACAACGCUCUGUGGGAGCCCACCGACACCACAGACUCCCACACAGAGCCCUCCACCCCACGCCUUUCACCUGAGCCCGACGGCCGCAGUGCUUCCUGCGUAGAAGCCCUGGACCUGGCCAGUAACUCCAGUAAAGGCUCCUCAGCCGGCGCUGGAAAGACUCAGAGGAGCCCAGGAACAGAGACGCCUCCAGAUGAACGCCGAACAGCCUGGGGAGAACAAGAAGACACAGACGAAAAGGAGGGAAGGCUGCCGACUCCCAGAGUGAAAACGAGGCCGGUUCAUAGGACUCACCACGACCUGACCACACCUGCCACAGGGGGUGCUAUACUUGUUGGGAAACUGACCAACGCCGACGCUUCUUCUCCAAACAAACAAAAGGAGAAAUUGGGGACGGCUGUUUUACGGGAAUCUGGGUCAGAGGCUGAUAUCAGCAAGCCGGCCAAAUUGAAGGAGGCGUGGUCAGAAAACAUCCCCGUGUCGUUAAGCCCCUCUCCUAACCACAAGCGGAUGCCCAGCCCUAACCCAACCAGGACCAAGCAGGCGUCCCCUUGUCCUCUGACCUCCCCCCCACAGCACGGGAUCCAGGGGAUGCUGAGACACCCGGACUUCCAGCACAACGGUGAGCUGGGUUUGAGGCUCAGGGAGCGGCCAUGUUCCAGAGGAGGCUGCGGUUCUGACGAAGACGACCGACUCUCGGUGAUGUCAUGGCGCUCCGCCGCCUCUUGCUCUGCAGCGUCCGCCGUACUGGAGCGCGCUCAGAAGAGACGGGAGAGCUUCUGGGGAAAGAGAUGACCUUUCUGUCGACCUUUGUGACAGCUGUAGACGUUAGAGCUCUUUGUUUAUGUAGAAAAAGUUAAAAUCUUCUAUUUCCACAACAGAGCCAAUAUGCUGGUGUAGAUUCUCAGUCAUCCGGGACAUGAAAAUACUAAAGCUGCGUUCAGACUGAACGUGAUUUGAGCGUCAAAAAGGCCUCAAUGCGCUUCCUCAAAUGCAGGGAAAAGGUUUGAUGACUUAUCUGUGAUCCCAAAGUGCUUUACUGUCUCUGUAGUGAAUGUUUGACUGGUCGUAGAUAACAGGAUGGGCACAAACAGCAACGCUCAGUUUGUCCUCCCAGCUUGUCAUCGUCUUUCCGUCCCCUCAGAAAAUCUGCCACUACGUCACAUGUGGGGGUCUCUCUGAUUGGUGGACGCUUCUGUUGCAGAAGUUCAGUUUUUUGCAACUCUAGCGUCUGCCUUUUGGACAUUUAGAUGCUUGAAACCUCAAAACGCACCGGGCCCGGCAGGUGAAAUGCGCCGCAGAACGUCCAGCAUCGACUCUGCAUGUAAACCAGACGCCUCUGACGCUCAAAACGCGUUUGGUCUGAAUGCACCACAGUGUUUGGUCCAUUUGUUUCCCCCCUUGGUGCGGUCCGCCACCUCCUCCAAACGGUCUCAGUACGGCUCGUUU